AAGACACUCAUGAAGGAGCUGCUCCUCUUCCUCUCCUGUGUGCUCUGUGUCUCUGCUAAUUUUCUACAUGAGGACAUUCAUGUCGUUGGCUGUUCAGAGAGUAAUGGAGAGGUCAUGUUUGGACUGGAUGGUGAAGAACUCUGGUACGCAGACUUUGAGAACAAGAUUGGAGUUUCCCCUCAGCCAUCUUUUGUUGAUCCCAUCAGCUUCGGAGAUGGAGCUUAUGAAACAGCUGUGAUUAAUUUAUAUAUCUGCAAAACGAACAUGCAACUUAGUCAGGAGGGUAUGAAGGACUACCCUCUAAACCAUGAUGCUCCUUCGGGUGUGAGGAUCUACACCAGAAACGAGGUGGAGCUCAGAGUUACAAACACUCUGAUCUGUCAUGUGACUGGUUUCUAUCCUGGUCCUGUCAAAGUCUCCUGGACCAAGAACGGACAAAAGCUGACUGAAGGAUUCAGUAUCAACGUUCCCUAUCCCAACAAAGAUGGAACCUUCAAACAGAUCACCAGACUGCAGUUCAUCCCACAGCAGGGAGACAUCUACAGCUGUACAGUGGAACAUCUGGCUCUGAAAGAACCACUGACCAAGAUCUAUAAUGUGGAGGCACCUGAGAAACCUAAGCCCAGCGUUGGACCUGCAGUGUUCUGCGGACUCGGUGUGAUUAUUGGCGUGCUCAGUGCUGCAGGUGGAACCUUCUUCAUCCUCAAAGCAAACAAGUGCACCUGAUUGGCUGGGGUUGAUGAUGUCAUCAGUGCUUGUGUAGACAAUGUUGUGUAAGGCUUCUGGUCUGCUCUCUGGUCUUCAAUAAUGUGGCUGCCAGUUUGAAGGACUCUGACUCUGUUUACAUGGA